CCUUUAAUUCAUUCGGUCCAUAAUCGACUUUCGCACUGUUCAAUGUUGUCGCAUUUUGCUUAACGCGUGUACAAUUUAUAUUAUUAUAAAAAUAUUAUAAAAUAUUUAAUAAUGCCUGCUAAAGCUGUAAGUGUAAUCAACGGAGAUGUCAAGGGUACCGUUUACUUCGAACAGAAGGAUGAGUCUUCACCCGUAAUAGUCACUGGUGAAGUUUCUGGACUUUCUAAAGGUCUUCAUGGCUUCCAUGUACAUGAAUUUGGAGAUAACACUAACGGUUGCACCUCAGCUGGGCCACAUUUUAAUCCAGCUGGCAAAGAGCAUGGUGCGCCAACCGAUGAAAAUCGUCAUUUGGGGGAUUUGGGCAAUAUUGAAGCCAGCGGCGAUGGACCAACUAAGGUUAACAUCAGCGAUAAAUUAAUUACAUUGUUCGGAGCAAAUAGCAUCGUGGGACGUACUGUUGUUGUGCAUGCUGAUCCCGAUGAUUUGGGCAAAGGUGGCCACGAAUUGAGCAAGUCAACUGGCAACGCUGGUGCACGUCUUGGCUGUGGUGUGAUUGGUAUCACUAAGAACUAAAUUCGUYUACUUUCGGUUUUGCUUAACUGGGGAGUGUUAAGGGUGGAUAAGACAAUGUAAUUGCAUUAAACAUAUAAAAUAUAUUACAUAUGCAUUAAAAUAUUAAAUAUCGAAAAAAAUUGGCUAAUUUCUAAUUGUUUAAGAUAACUUAAAGUUAUCACUUACUUUUGAUUAUAAUUAGCAGUUUUAACGUUAAAAAUAAAACAUAUGUGGUGAAUUGGAAAA